AUGUCAAACUCGAGUGCAAGUUCUGCCACCAUAACUGCUGUGGCUGUCUUCAAGAAUGGCAGAUUUUGCGAAGGUCAAGGAAGGGCUCUAAUUUUCGAUGCUCAGAUGUAUCUAGGUGAUGACCAGCCUCCACUGUUGGCUGCAUUGAAGUGUUUCAAUGCUGAAAACCAUGUUUUUGAUCCAGUUGGGUUCUACAUUGUGAUUGCGAGGUUGAUUCCAAUUGUAAAAGAUGGUGUUUCACCCCUCUACAUGCCUUACAUUGAGCUCUGUGGCACUGUCAAGAGUACUGAUGAUCUUACUUCCGGAACAUCAAGGCCCAAUCAAGUUUUCAAAUCUGCCAUGCCUGUUGAAUGUGCCUUUCCGAACACAUCACCGGAUUCAUCACUGGAAGAAAGGUCAAAUCUGUUGCAGGCCUGGGAUCAGAGCAAACAGAGAUUCACUGUUGAGGUCGACUCGAUUGUAUUCUUAGGGCGCCCUGUUGUGACAAAGUCCUUGGGUAACAUUGCAAGUCAUGGUCCUUCUCCCAGCAGAAUGCCAAGCAAACCUGGCAUGAAAUUUGACUUCUCCCAGGUUGCACAGCCAGCCAAGCACCAAAGGACUGAAGAGAACAUUAAUUAG